CAGGGGGCUGCUGGGAGUUGUAGUCGGGGGCAGGAGGAAGAUGGCGUCCAAGAUCCGCGUCGGGCUGCGGCCGGUGAAGAGCAUCGUGGUCCGCUUCUGCCCCUUCGAGCCCAACGUGGAGAGCACCAGAAAAUUUCUUGGAUGUAUAUACCAUAAAAAAAUCCAGUCCACUAACAGAAACUGUGAAGUUACUGCUGAUGUGAGACAUGAUGGGUCUGAACCAGUUGUAGAUGUUAUGUUUGUUGAUGGAGAGCGACUGAUAAUGAAGGGAGCCAACCUGACGACAAUAGAAAUGUUAACAGCAUUGGGGUCUAGAUGUAAUGCCAAAGAGCUUAAGGAAGAACAGAAAAGCAAGAAGAGUCCCUGAAGAACAGAAAAACAACUGUGUUUGCAUUUACAUGUGUGAAAAACAGUAGGCUGCACAGAGACUUUUCUCCUACACUACAAAAUCUGAAAGGGAGAGGUAGCCAAAACACUUGACUGGUCUGACAUGCAGCAAAACGAACCAUGUCCAUCUUCACCUGAAGGAAAGCACGGUGAAUCAACAAGUCUUCUAACGCUAGUGGGUCAGAGUGGCUUAAGAUGCAUGAAUCCAUCUUGCUAAGCAGAUGCCUCUCAGCCUGCAUGUUGGACUAGUAUCACAUGUAUUUGCAUAUAAAUGUGAAUAACACACAUUAACUAUUAAAUUAAUAAUACAAUGA